AGUCUGUGGAAGUUCCUCCGCAUUCCUGCCAUACACACGUUCCCACCCACCUACACACACACACACACACACACACACACACACACAUAUCUAUGUCCACACAGAAAGCUGGGAGGAACCACUCACUGAGGCCGGGAGUUCGGAGGAGGGGGUGUGAGCCUGCUACCAUAGUUACUUCCUGAGAAGCAGGAGGUUCUUCUGUGGGUUCAUAGCUGAAGGGCUCAGCGAGUGACGGAAAUAAGAGUAUCAGUCCCAGCAUGAGUAAGGCCGGCGGAGAUGGCGACGUUGAAACCGCCAAGCUGCAGGAGGGCCGUACCGCCCCCGCCACUGCCGGACCGGGCUGGACCAAAGUCAACUGUCCCUGCUGCAAGUCGGAGCGGGUCGAUCCGCUGGUUCUGGUGAAGCUCGGGCCGAAGGUUCGCCCCGAGACGAAGAGGUGGCUCCUCAGGGUGAUUGGAGCUCCUCAGCAGGAAGGAGGUGCUGCGUUACUGGCCCACCCGGGAGAGGACGCCACGGGCAACAUCAUCGUGCUCUCCGCCCCACGCUGUACGUUACUCAAAGCCACGGAAGAGUUGGGUCUGUGCAAGACGUACAAUAACGGGGAGAUGGAAGCCUUCUCCUACAACGACAGAGACAACUUUAAAGACUCAGACAACAUGGAGGCGUUCCUGACCUUGGCGGAGCGGCAGUACAUGGUGAAGUACGAGCUGGACGGGCUGCGGGCGCAGAAAGACCUGAGGAUCCCCGGCCUGCUCGACGGAUACACACUGCAUCACCGGGACAACAUCUGGCGGAAGCUCGGGUCAGCUGGUGUCAUCGUGGACAUGCUCCCCCUCCACAACCCGGACAAACUGAAGGAUCUCAGCAAGGCCUGGUAUUCUGGGAAUCAGCUGGCUCAGCCUCUGGAUUCAAUCAAUGGGUAUUUUGGAAACUCCGUGGCCUUCUACUUCAGCUUCCUGGAUUUCUACACCUGGUCUCUGGUCCCGCCGGCGGUUCUGGGCCUGUCCAUCACAUACUUCUCAGGUGAGGCCCAUAAGGAGACGGGGGAGUCCGUCUCGGGCUCAGCGGUCACCAGUGACGACGACUCUGGGCCGGCCGUCGGCGGUCACAUGAUCCAGGCCAUCUUCAACAUGCUCUGGUCCACGGUGGUCAUGGAGCUGUGGAAGCGCCGGAGCUCCUCGCUCUCCUACCGCUGGGGGACCAUGAGCCUCGCCGAGCGUUUCGCCGAGCCCCGCCCCGGUUUCCACGGUGACCUCGGGGUCAACCCCGUGACGGGCCGCGUGGAGCCCCUCUUUCCCGGAUGGCAGAGGGACCUGCGUAUGGCACUGGUGUCCGUCCCAGUGGUGGGGCUCUUUCUAGGCCUGGUGGUUCUGGGUAUGCUGUGCUUCUACUGGGGGGAGGCACAGGUGCAACAGCUACACAGAGACUGGGACUCCCUGCUGUCUCAGACGCUGCUGUACGUGCCCUCGGUGCUCCACAUCGUCUACACAAACGUGCUGGCAACUGUCUACAAGACCGCGGCGCUGUCUCUGACUGAAUACGAGAACCACAGAGAGGAGUCCGCCUUUGAGAACCAUCUGACAGCUAAAGUCUUGGUGUUCACUUUCUUCAACUGCUUUGCGGUGCUCUUCCACAUUGCCUUCUUCAAGCAGGACGUGCCUUUGCUCCGCAAGCGCUUGGCGUCUUUGCUGGUAGUGACCCAGCUGCUGAACCAGGUGACGGAGGUGGUCAUACCCUUCCUGGUGGACCGGUUCAUCAGCGCCCCCCACAGGGCAGAGAGCAAAGAUGACCCACCGGAGGACAAAUUUAGGAACCAAAGCAACCUGCCUGCCUUUCCUGGAUUGUUUGCGGAGUACAUCGAGCUCCUGGUGCAGUUUGGGUAUUUGAGUCUUUUCUCCUGCGUGUUUCCCCUAACGGCCGUGCUGCUUCUCCUCAACAACAUAACAGAGAUCCGAACGGACGCCUACAAGAUCUGCAAGCUCUUCCGAAAGCCUUUCUGCCCCCCCGGGGCCAACAUGCACGUGUGGCAGAUCGCCUUCGAGGUCCUGAGCUUUGUCUCCGUGGUGUCCAACUGCUGGUUGCUGCUGCUGUCGCCGUGGUUGCAGAACCUGUGUCGGGAGGGUGGGUGGAGCAGCACAAAUGUCCUGCUGGUGGCCAUUUUGGUGGAGCACGUGCUGAUCUUGGUGAAGGUGGUGAUAUCGGUGCUGAUACCCGACGAACCGGACUGGGUCCGAAAGAAGAUGGAGCAUAUUGAGUUCACAUCCAUGCAGGCUUUGAGAGAGCAGAAACUGCAUGGCUGAGGACCUUGAGGUGUUGCUCAACUGCUCAUCUGUUGUGUGGACCCACAGAGGAGAAGAGUCUUAGGUCUUUAGCAGGGCCCACCAUGCAUUGCGCUGUGCCCAAGAUGCUGCCCCGGUGCACCUAUGUUCCUGCAGCUCUCCCCUUUUAAAUGGCACACUUAUAUUACGUGAACACGGCAAGUGCCAUUAAAACAGAAGCCAAAAGUUUUUUUUAAUUGUUAUACUAGACUGCAAAGGGGAUGUAUUUAUUAUUUGUGCAGACGUCUUCAUAAAAGCCUUUUGUAUGAGGAGGAUUUCUCAGUGUGUAGCUAUAACGUGGGCAGCUAAAGAGGUCUCGUCAAAUCACCGUGGCUACGGUGUAUUUAGUCAGCAGUUAGAAGAGUGGAAAUAAAUGUCUGCAAAGCGGCUUUCGAGGCUCCCCAUCAGCUACUUGCUAGUAUUGCAGCAAGUAGCUAUCAGCUGUGUAAAAUUCUAACGUCAUAGUGGGAAUGAACCCACUCUGUGUGCUGUACUCUGAGCUUCUCCUUGCUUUGGCCCUUUAUUGCAUGAUGGCUUGCAGACAAGGAAACCUGCUGAAUUCAAGCAUAUAUCUAAGCGGAGGAAAAUAAACUAACUUCCACUAGCUAGCUCAUGGCCGCUAACCUCGCCAUUUGGCGCAGGAGUGCCCAGCUUCCGCUCCACCCUCAGGUAAACACUGUUAACUCCUUCAACGCUGUUAGUGCUGUUAGUGGUGUAUGCACCUUUAAAUGUGAGCCGCCUGCUAAACCAUUGUUAUAUUGAGAGUGCUAUGAAUUUUGCAUUUAGCACCUUUAAUCAACAUUUUUGUAGAAUAACAACGCCAUAGGAAAUGAUCACACAACGUUCAGUGGGUCCGCUCAGCUCUAAGCUCAUUGCUUGGGUUUUCAACUUGGCUGUUUAUGUCGACUCUCACUGCUCUCAUCCUUCUGAAUUCAGCUGUUUUCAGUAAAAUAACAAAAAACAUAGACUGUUCGAGCGCACAGACAGAAAUAGAGAUGAAUCCUAUUUCAUCUUUUUUUUAAAUUUAGCAGCCAUAAGGCCACAUAUCUCCCUAAGGAGCUGGUGGAGACCAAAAACAAAGCUAAAAGGAAAGUAAAUAUCGGAUAUUCGGUGGACAGAAACACAAACCAACAAUCAUUUGUUACAGUAUGCUGUGCUGUUCCCAGGUCUCUGAAAAAGUAUUGCAGCUUAAACUCCAGAAAGAUCUGUUGUCGUCCUUGACUCACUUUCAUGUUUGAAUUGAUGUCAAAGUCUGUUGUAAGAAAUCAGAAAAAAAGCUUAAAUAUUUCCCCUAUGGUUGAGUAGUGAGAAGACAAUGUUGCCCCGUAACCUCCGUUGAUGGUACUGCCCCCUCCCGUAGGAUGUGGAGCUACCAAAGAACUGCCAUGUGCCUUUCUAUUUGAAAUGUAUAUAUUUUGAAUGUUUGGUCUGUACUCAAGCUGACUGCUCGCCACAGAUUGCUGCUUGACUUCACCGUGCUGCAACAACUGCCUCAUCUUUUAGUCCGUCACUUUGCGCUCAAUAUAAUCAAUGUGCCCAUGUAUCCGCCUGGGGAACUAUUUUCUUACAUUCUUGCUUGACUGGGGUGUAUUGUUUUUCAUGAUAAGUUAUUGAUUUUAAGAGUUACUAUUCUCUCCAGCCACCAGGAGGCACUGUAGGCUUUCCAUGAAAGCCCCAUGUAGCUUUUCACAGCCUGUGACUGCAGGACGGGGUCGGCUGAGACCUCCUCAUGCUGCAGUAAGUGUGCACUCCUGACACUUAUCAUAAACCAAAGAGUGUGCGCACGUGUGCUCUUUUCUGAAGGGUUGUGAGGAUUGAAACUAUUAGACAAUCUGGUGACAUGUUCACAAGUUUAGUUGGGAGAUGAUGUUUGCUGGUUUUCCUUCAAUAAACUCAUAAAAUGAAACA